UGCAUCAGUGUUUUCACAUUUCUUGGACGAUAGCAAACACUAGCAAAAUCUCCCUCUUCUAACCAACAAUGAAACAGUUCGUCAUCAUCGCCGCGUUGGUAGCCCUCGCCCUGGCCUCUGAUCGCCCUUACUACCCCAAACCAGCUUAUCCCGCAGCUGAUGGAUACGACUACGCUCCGAUGCCGUACAGUUUCGAUUGGGCCGUGCUGGAUCAGGCAAGUUACAACGACUUCGGACACAAGGAGACAAGCGAUGGCAAAGUAGUGACUGGAACGUACUACGUCGUGCUCCCGGACGGCAGGCGACAAGUGGUCACGUACAAAGCUGAUGAUUACGGUUACGUGGCCGACGUCAAGUACGAAGGAGAGGCCUCAUAUCCUGAAUACAAACCAUCUUAUCCAGCCUACCCCAAGCCCGCGUAUGCCCCUCCAGCUUACCCCAAGCCCACUUAUGCUGCUCCGGCCUACCCCAAGCCAACAUACGCUCCACCGGCAUACCCAAAAGCUUCUUACCCGAGCUACCCUAGACCUUCUUACCCAACUUAUCCUCGCCCAGCUUACCCUAGCUAUCCUCGUCCAUCGUACCCAUCGUACCCUAAGCCAAGCUACCCCGUUUCGACUACCACGGAGGCUGUAACUGAAACUGCCGCUCCUGUUCUUAAGGAAGCUGAGGAAGCAGUUGAAGCUGUUGCUGUUACUGAAGCUGUCAGCGAAGCCGCUGUCGCUGUUGCGGAACCUAUUGCCGAACCGGAGACAUCAACGGAUGCCGUUUAAAUCAUCCCAAAUCGAAUAAUAUGUGAAGAAAAUUUAAAUGCCUUUCCACACAUUAUAUAUGUAAUUUAAAUAAAGCUGAUUUCAUUGUGUUUACUCAAAUAAAAGCUAUUUUAAUCAAA